UGACAGUCAAACAUAAAACAACGUACGCGAAAAAUGUUAUUAAAAAUAUUUAUAAAUAAAUAAAAAAUAACGAAAAUAUUUGUAAAAUAAUAAAAAAUACCAAAACAAACGUAGAGUUAAAGUAAAACGAAAGACUUAAGCUACAAACUUGAACUUGUUAUUAAAUGAUCUUGUUGUUAUUGUGGCUACAGCUUACAAAGUGUAUGUGUAUAAUGUUAAAAGUUUAAUUAAAGAAAAAAAUCAAAUUGAAAAAAGUGUAUGUUCGAUUUUAAAAAUAAAAAAAUAUUUUUUUUUAAUAUUUGUGAAGAAAUAAAAUAAAAUUUGCUAAAUCCGUUAAACUUAAAAUAAAACCUUAAACUAGUUGACAUUCAGUUGGAAAAAGACCAUGACCGAGCAAAGUUAUUGUUUAAGUUAAAAUAAAUAACACAAACCAAAAAAUAACUGUGCAAAUUUGGAAAAUGCUUUGUAGAAAGAAUAAAUUUAAACAAAACCCAUGAAACAAAAUAAGAAGUGCCGCGUUGAAAUAAAUAAAUAAAAUACACAAUAUAAAACAAAUUGCUUGUGGAUUUAAUGUAAUUUGUUUAAGUUAAAAUAUUUGUCUUAUAUCUGCAGUAAAAAAAAUACCGUAAUCGUGUUUACUUCAAAAAUUAAGCAUCAAAACAACAUAUUUAUAUUUACAUGCCACUAAGUGUAAAUUGGCCUACUCGUACUUAAUAAAAGUUUAAAACCCCGUAAUAAUAUUAAAAAGUAAAUAUAGCAAGAAGAAUUAUAAGAAAUUAAUUUGAAUGCUAAAGAAGUACUUGGAAAAAUUAAGUGUUUUAUACUUGGCCUACACACAAAAAAUAAAUAGUUUAUAUGAGAAUAUUAUAAAAGAAAAAAACUAAAAUGUUGUUUUGUAAACCUUGUGGCACAAUAUUGACAUUGUUAACCUUCGUACUUGUCUGCAUAAUUGGAGUACCAGAAUCCACAUCAAUUGCUAUAGCACCAUCAACAUUUGGUACAGCAAUUGCUAGAGCGGGCAAAUUCUCAAAUACUUUAAAGGAAACUACAGCAUGGAAAACACUGACAUCACAUCCAAAUUCACUGGUACAAUUAUUACCAUCACGUGCAAUGCGUGUGGUGCAAGAAGUUGUAAGGUCAUUUCGUAAAGAUGCCCAGGUGGUGGUGACAACAUCGGCGGGUAAAGUAAGGGGACGUUUUCAAAAGUAUCGUUCUGGUGAACGUGGUGGCUAUUAUAGCUUUAAAGGCAUUCGUUAUGGACAAGCACCAGUGGGCGAUAGAAGAUUCCGUGCUGCAGAACCAGAAAAAAGUUGGUCUGGCAUAAGAGAUGCCUCAAGAGAGGGCAAUAGUUGUCCCCAUAAAAAUAUGAUUUUAGAUACUUUCAAAGGCAAUGAAGAUUGUUUGUUUAUAAAUGUCUUUACCGCCAAAUUGCCUAAGGGAGAAUAUAACCCACAGUUCCCCGUAAUGGUUUGGCUACAUGGUGGUGGUUAUUCUUUUGGUUCUGGAAACACCUUUUUAUAUGGUCCCGAUUAUUUAGUAGCAGAAAAUGUUGUAUUGGUGACUUUGAAUUACAGAUUGGGACCUUUGGGUUUUUUGACGGCAGGUCCUGAUGCUCCUGGUAAUCAGGGUUUAAAAGAUCAAAUUUUAGCCUUAAAAUGGGUGCGAGAUAAUAUAGCCGCCUUUGGUGGAGAUCCUAAUCAAGUUACUGUUUUUGGUGAAUCGGCUGGUGCUUCUUCGGUACAAAUGUUAUUAUUAUCACCUUUAGCUAAAGGACUAUUUCAACGCGCUAUUUCCGAAAGUGGCUCGGCUUUAAAUCCUUGGGCUAUGGGUGAAAAUUCAGUGGCCAGAGCUUCUAGAUUAGCAGCAAAUUUAGGUUAUGUUGGUGCUAAUAAUACACAAGAGAUUUUGGAAUUCCUAAGAAGAGCUCCUGCCAUGAAACUAGUGGAGGCAGCACCUACAACUCUAACCGAAGAAGAUUUUAGAAAUAAUAUUGGUUUACCCUUCGUUCCUGUCGUUGAGGGUUAUUGGAAUAAGGAGGGAGAGAAAAAUGUCUACUAUGAAGCACCAUUUAUAACAGAAUCCCCACAAGACUCGUAUAAAAAACAGAAAUUCCAUAAAAAUAUACCGUAUUUGACGGGCUAUAAUACACAUGAGGCCAUGUUGUUUAUAAGACGUUUACGUAAAAAUCCCCAACUAUUGCAAAUUAUAGAAAAUGAUUUUGAACGUUUGGUUCCCCACGAUCUCAAUGUUACAGACCAAAGAUCCCGUGUCAGUCGUGAUAUACGUCAGUUCUAUUUAGGCUCAAAACAUGUUGGAAUUGAGUCGGUUGAUGAAAUGAUAGCGUUACUUACCGAUUUAAUGUUCCUGCAAGGUAUUAGACGUACAGCCAGACAACAUGCAAAAUAUAGCAAUGCUCCCGUCUAUAUGUAUCGCUUUUCAUUCGAUGGUGCUUUGGGAUUAUAUAAACGAAUGUUAGGCCUUCAACGGCCGGGUGUAUGUCACGGCGAUGAAAUGGGUUAUUUAUUCAAAUUUGGUUUCUUUAAUUUAAGUCUGGAUCCAAAAUCCAUGGAAGUACUAGUCAAAAAUCGUAUGGUGCGAAUGUGGACAAAUUUCGCUAAAUAUGGCAAUCCCACCCCACCACAUAUAGAGGAUAAUUUACUUACCACCACUUGGCAGCCUAUAAAUCCCAAUGAUGUUAUGCAAAAUUUAAAUUAUAUGGAUAUAACAACAAAUCUUGAAAUGAAAACAAAUCCGGAAACUGAACGGCAACAAUUUUGGGAUUAUAUGUAUGAGCAUUACAAUGGUAAUGCCAUGUAGUUUAAAAAGUCCAUAUACAUAAAUAUACAUAUAGUACAUAAAACCAUAAAUACAUACACAUAACUUGAGUACAUUUUUGUUAAACAUAAUACAUUUUGAAUAAAAAAAAUGAAACCGACAACACCAUCAUUACAUUCUACUUUCACAAAAACAUACACACACUAAAUAUUUAAAACAAACGCUUUUUAGAACAAUUUUACUGUUUAGCAACAAAAAACUAUUAUUAACAAUUUGUUAUAAUUCUUAAUAGUUUUUGUUACUAAAUUCAGCCAAUAAUUACCCUAAAAAUUUCCUUUUCUCUUCUAAAUCAUUUGCCAUUUUUUUAUGAAAAACAAAAUAAUAAAACAUUUAACAGUGGGUGUUUGUUUUUUAACAUUUCACAAAAUAAUUUUAGUUUAGUUUUAGUUUUUAACAUAAUUAUUUUUUAUAUUUACAUAAUAUGUUAUUUUUUUAUUUAAGUUCUUCUUUGAAUAUAAAAAAAGCAUUUAAUAAGUUAUUGUUAUUGUAAUCAUUGUAAAUAGUCAAAGAAAAAAUAUGUAUACAAAAUAUUACAAAUUGUUUUUCUCAUAUGUCCACAUAUUUGUUUAAAUUAUUUCCAAAUAAUCUGUUGUUUAAUAUAAACCUUUUUUUAUACAUGUAAUAAAAUUGAAAAUU